UAAUUGUUGUAGAGACCCACCUUUUAGCACAUCCCAGCACACCCACUCACUUCACCAGAUGCACCUUGUUUAGUUCUCUCACCUUUGAUUGGGUGUGGUGCUUGUCCUUGAUUGCACUCACCUGUCACACAUUAUAUGUCACACAGUACAUAAGGACUGCAUUCACUUUUGGCUCACUCUUUCCUCACUUCCACACGGGGCGGCAGCUGAGGUGAGGUUCUGUUUGGGUUUUUAUUUUAUGUAAUGUUAAGGUAAUGAGUAACUUGAAUCUCUGUUUUCUUUCAGCAUUGGCAGUCCAUGUGUGUCUUUGUUUCCUUCCUUUUUUGCCUUAUUUAUUUGAGAAUAAAAGGAGUACCCUGAAAAUAAUUCUGCAUUAGAUGGCUGCUUUUCUUAUUCUAACCGGAUGAGCCCAUGAAGCUGAUUGCUUCCGCCCUGAACCUCCCUCCCUUCAAAACAUGGUCCUCCGAGCCGGAGAGGUAUUAGCAUCAUGGAUACACAGCAGCCAUUUACUGAAGGUUUGAGAAGAUCCAGUCGUGAUAGUAGACCUCCUGCCUACCUGCAACAGUAUGAAGUUCAGUACCCUGGAGCUAGAAGAGCUACAUGUGAGACAGAGAGCCAAACUGAAUGCCAGCACAGUGAUAAAGACACACAUGGGCUGCAGGAUCCUGUCGGAGAGUCAGAAAGACCACCAGAGACAUCCCCUGUUCCUUUACCCACCACCCAAGAUGAGGUCAUGAGGGAACUCCUAACGACCAUGAGGGAGAUUAAGCAAUUUAUGAUUCAAUCAUCUCCUUCCCAUUCUCGUAGCUCCAGAUCUUCCAUUCGCACAGUCUCAUCUGAGGGAAUCAAAGCUUCUGUAUGCAGUAUACGAGCCAGUCUUCAAACACAUCAACAACCUGAGCAGCUCCCAGUAACUGAUACAGCAACCUGUCAAUCACCAAUCCAGCCCCCGCAGAUUAGCCGUCAGCCUGGCCUAGUUGCAGCUGCCAGCCCUCCCGUACCUAAUGCAACAAUACUAGAUGCUGCAAUCCCUUCCACUGGUUUGCCUAGACCAGUCCUUGCUACAGAAGAUGAGACCCCCUUUGAUUUCCUGGCCUUAUCACGGCAGGAUCCCCACCAGAUCUCAUGUGUUCAACCUGCUGUUCCUUUAGCGGAAGACCCUGUUCAACCUCUCAUUCGCAUAUCUGACCACAAAUAUUGCCCUCCUCUAGAGCAGCAACCAGCUACAUCCAAUGCCUCAUAUGAACAGAAACCUUUGAUAUCUGGUACUGCUAGCUCGGGUCACUCCUCUAGCACGAGAACACAUGUAUAUAAGCUUGAAGGUCCUUCGUUUCCAGACCUUAGUAGAGAAGACGAAAUGCAAUACAGGAUGUUACGGAUGGCCCUUACAAACCUUCUUGAUCCUCAUGAGACAGAGCACUUCAAAUAUCAUGUCCUUCUUGAUCACCUCAAAGUAGACCAAGCUAAACGAUUAGCUCUUGCCUUUUCCUACGCUCCUGACCCAUACACUCAAGCCAUCAAAGCCCUUGAUGAGCGUUAUGGGCAACCAAGACAGCUGGCAUUGAAAGAGCUA